AUGGCUGCACUAACUCCGAAUACAUAUGACUUCAUUGUUGUGGGUGGUGGAACCGCUGGAAAUGUCGUUGCAGGUAGAUUAGCAGAGAACGCUGACGUGAAGAUCCUCGUGAUUGAAGCUGGAAUUGGUAACCCAGACGAUAUCCCAGAGAUAACAACGCCCGCUCGCGCAUUCGAACUCCGAAACAGCAAGUAUGACUGGUCCUAUCAGACGACCUUCGUCGACAGGCCUGACUACGAGCGUGUCGAGAAGACAAAUACCCGUGGAAAGGUCCUUGGCGGGAAUAGCAGCCUGAACUACUUUACCUGGAUUCGUGGUAGUAGAGAGACAUUUGAUGCAUGGCAGGCGUACGGUGGGGAUGAAUGGACAUGGGAAAAGUGCAAACAUUAUUUCCAAAAGGCACAGCAUCCAGCUUCAUAUCACGAUGGCGAGAGAAUGUACGAUCCGCGAUUUUCCAAGAUCGGACGCGAGGGCCCAUUGCACAUUUCUCACGCAAAUCUGCUCCCAGAAACUCGCAGUUUCCGAGAUGCUCUAACACAAGCAUGGACCAGCAAGGGCCAUGAAUUAAAAGAAGACAUCUACAAUGGCAGAUUGGAGGGCAUGACUUACUGUGUCAGUACAGUCUACGACGGGGUGCGGUCAAGCAGCGCAGUAUAUGCGACUGGGAAAUACAACGUGGAGAUAAUGCAUUCCACCGUAGCGACAAAGAUCAACUUUGAAGGUGAUACCGCAGUUAGCGUGACUGUUGCCGGAACAGAUCACAACGAGACCACGCUAAAAGCAACGAAAGAGAUCAUCAUUGCUGGUGGAGUUUUCGAAACACCCAAGCUACUGCUUCUUUCCGGCAUUGGUCCUAGACGUGAACUGGCUCGUCAUGGAAUUCAGCCUGUGAUAACGUCCGAGCAUGUGGGCGAGCAUCUUCUUGAUCAUCCCAUUCUUCCACACGUUUUUAAACUUAAGGAUGGCAUGGGUUUGGAUCAUAUUCUCCUUCGAGAAGGACCUGCCCACGAUGCUGCCGUGACGCAGUACGACAAGGAUAAAACUGGGCCACUCGCCAGUGGCCUUCUUGAAAUGAUAGCAUUCCCACGCAUCGACGGACAACUCGAAGAGCAUGAAAAGUACCGCAAAGCUAGGACAAACAAUGGAGGCCAAGACCCUUUCGGGCCUGGUGGUCAGCCUCAUUUUGAGAUUGACUUUAUUCCCAUGUUUUGUGAUGCCUUCCAGUGGCACUUCGUUGCCCCACCCGAGGGAGACUGGCUAACGGUCGUCGUCGACCUCCUUCAUCCACAAUCCAAGGGCGGACAUGUCAGACUCAAUUCGAUCGAUCCACGUGAGCAACCCGACAUAAAUCUCAACUACUUUACCGACAAGCUUGAUAUCCUCGCUUUGAGAGAAGGUGUUCGAUUUAUUGAUGAUAUCCUCAUGAAUGGCGAUGGAAUGAAAGAGAUCAUUGCUGAGGAUUUUCCGUGGCCGAUGCCCCGUGAGUCGGACGAAGAGAUGGAUCUCCUUAUCUUGGAUCGGGCGCAGACUGGAUAUCAUCCCUGUGGUACUGCCCGACUGUCUCGGAACAUCGACCAAGGUGUGGUAGACUCUGAGCUGAGGGUUCAUGGGGCUAAGAGGCUUCGUAUUGUUGAUUCCUCCAUCAUUCCGGUCAUUCCGGACUGCCGGAUCCAGAAUGCAGUGUACAUGAUUGGAGAAAAGGGUGCCGAUAUAAUCAAAGCGGCUUAUCCAGAGCUUUAUAAAUAA